AUGAUGUCGGUUACGGGGUGGUUUCCUGCUUAUGUUAAAUUUUCCCCUGAACUUGAUAGGUUGGCGGCGAAACCCUUUUACAACCAAAGAAACACAAAUUGUUCACCACAACUGUCCUUCCAACGCAACAGUUUGAAGAGAUGCUAUUGCAAAAAGAAAGAGCAAGACACACAGUUUUUAUCAGAUAGUCCAUGGGAUAGUGGGGAUGACAACAGCCUCUUCUUCACCCACAAACUCAGGCCAUAUCACUUGUUACCAUCCAAGUUCUUGAGUUUAAUGAAGCUCUGGUUUUAUUCAAAUUAUUUGACUUUAAGAUAUAUAGCUCCUCAGCAAGUGCCAGUUCAAUAUGGAGGACUUAGCAGAGAGGGUGAACAGGAAUUCACCACUGCUGACCCUGCUACAGAGGUUAUUAUCAAACCAGCAACAAAACAUGCUGUUGAGUUCCCAAUUUCUGAGAAAAGCACCUUGGUAUGGGAAAUCAGAGUGGUGGACUGGAAUGUGAGCUAUGGAGCAGAAUUUGUGCCUAGUGCUGAAGAUGGAUACACAGUGGUAGUACAGAAAAACAGGAAAAUCUCGCCAGCUGAUGAAACAGUAAUCAACAACACCUUCAAAAUCGGUGAACCUGGAAAAGUUGUACUCACCAUUGAUAACCAAACAUCAAAGAAAAAGAAGCUUCUUUACAGGUCCAAGACCAUACCCAUCUCUGAGUAA